UAUAUAUCUAUAUCCCAUUCCAAGUUCCCACCCCCAGUAUGUAUAAAGAAAGGACAAGCGUGAAACCCACUCUGCUCAAAAUCUCUCCUUUUUCUUUCUGCUUCUGAAGACUCUCUCUGCGCUUGUGGCCUUUCAACUUCUGCUUUAUUAUUUUACUCACUAGUCACUACUCACUACUGAGAGAGAGAGAGAGAAAGAAAGAGAAAUGAGAUUAAUGGAGUCUGCUCACCUUUUCUCUUUUGUUGUAUAAUGAACCAGGAACUCAAACCACUUCUUCCCGGAAGAAGAUGGCAAUACAGCACCCUCAAAAUCAUCCCUUGCUGCAGUUUGACGCUCUGUACUGUGAAGAAGAAGAACAAGGACAACAAUGGGAGGAUGAGGAGGAGGAAGAAGACGAUAAUGGGGUAGUGGUAGAGCUGGGACCUGAAAGAUCAUGUGUGGUCGGAGGAGGAACAAACAAUGUCCCUUUUCUUCUUCCUUUGCUAUUAUUGUCGGAACAAGAUUUAUUAUGGGAGGACGAAGAACUUGUCUCUUUAUUCUCCAAGGAACAAGAGCAGAUUCAUCCUAAUCCUGAUAUGGAUCCUGCUCUCAUUCUUGUUCGUAAGGAAGCUGUUGAAUGGAUGUUUAAAGUUGUUGCCUUUUACGGAUUCACAACCCUCACUUCCAUCCUGGCCAUUAAUUAUCUGGAUAGAUUCCUGUCUACCGUCCAUUUUCAGAGAGACAAACCAUGGAUGGUUCAGCUUUCAGCUGUUACCUGUCUUUCUAUUGCUGCUAAAGUAGAAGAAACCCAAGUGCCUCUCCUCUUAGACCUUCAAGUUGAAGAUACAAAGUAUAUGUUUGAGGCAAAAACAAUACAGAGGAUGGAAUUGGUUGUGCUUUCUGCUCUAAAAUGGAGGAUGAAUCUCGUCACCCCUCUUUCAUUUAUGGAUCACAUUGUGAUGAGGCUUGGGUUGAAGAAGAAGACCCAUCUCCAAUGGGAGUUUCUCCGGCGAAGUGAACGUUUAAUCGUCUCCGUCGUCGCCGAUUGGAGAUCUGUUUGUUUUCUGCCGUCUGUAUUGGCUACUGCAACAAUGCUUCACAUUAUUAUACAACAGCAAGAAGUUGAUCCUCUGAAUAAUAAUAAUAAUAAUGAUAAUGCCAUUGAUUAUCAAACCCAGCUUCUUCGUCUGCUAAAUAUCACUAAUCAGGAGGAGCAGGAGAAGGUGAAAGAUUGCUACCAACUGAUAAUGGAUAUAUUAUCAUCAUCAAAGAAGAAGAUGAUGAAUGGUGUUGUUAAUAAGAAGAGAAAGUAUGAUGAAGAAGAGAAUCCAGAGAGUCCUAAUGGAGUUAUUGAUUUGUCAUUCAGUUGCGAUUGCAAUGAAUUAGAAGAAGAAGAAGAAGAGUGUUGGGUAAUGGUGGGUGGUCCUCCCUCUGUUUGUUCGUCGCCGGAGGUUGCUCCGGCGCCGAUGUUGAAGAAGAUGAGAACUGAGAUGAGCCCGUUUUGAUAUAUAUAUAUACUCUCGGCCGGCCUUUUUUUAUCUAUAUAUGUUAUCUUCUACUACUACUACUACUUGUACGUACUAUAUUUGAAUGAUGUUGUUUAAGAAUUGUUAUUUCUGGUCCAUGUCAAUGGCGGAAUGCUAUUGAAAGAAGAUGGAACAACAGUGUACUUCUGCUAGCAGCUGAUAUGCAGGCAGGAUUCAGGAAGGAAAGAUGAAGAAUCGAUCGAGAGUAAAGAAGAAGACAAAAUCCCAUCAAUAAAGAAGAGAGAUAGAUAGAUGCAACUGCCAACCAACCCUUUUCUAGGGGGUGGUGCUUUAAAUGAUGAUUGAUGAUACUAAUCUAAUGGCUGUUUGUUUGUUUGUUUGUUUGAUCUUUCUUCUUCUUCUUCUACUUCUGUCUGUAAUUUAAGUCUCCUAUGAGCUUUACUCUUUAUGGAACUAAAUGAAAAUGAACAUGUUGUUGGGCUCAUCAAA